AUGAUAUAUAUUUUUAUUGUUAUUGAUAUUCCAAAGUGUGGGGGAUUAGAAAUCUGGGUUCGAUUUAAAAAAAGAGCAAAAUAUUUUCAAAUUUUCAAAGAAUAUUUUACUGCCCAACUCUUUAAUCUUGCCAAUAUAUGUAUAAUCUCAACUCUAACCUUCUCUGCUUCUUCUUCUAAUUUUUGAUUGUUGUUGAUAUAUAUUCUCAUUAAUAUCUAAAUUUAAUUUUUGUUGUUCUUCUUGUCCAUUAUUAAUUAAUAUUGUUGGUUCACUUAAUCGUCUUAAAUGUUGCUGUUGGUGUUUUUGAGGAUAUUGUUGUUGUUGGUGUUGAAUUUGUGAUGAUGAAAAAUUGUUAAAAUUUAAAUAGGAAGGAGAGGAAGUUGUUGUUGUUGAAUGUUGUUGUUUUUCUUCAUUAUUGUCAUUACAUUUUGAAAUAUUUUCAU